UAUCCGACGCUCAUGCACUAUACGCGUGACGUUAGCAGUCACUUCUCUAUUUAAUAUUAUAAGUUAGUGUUGUAUGCACAUCUUGAGGAUUUUUUCCUUCCUAAUAAUAGUGCAUUAGCCGUCAACGCAAGAAAGCAGGGCGUCAGCAGGGUGGCAGUUGCAAAAGUAGAAACGAAGUGUGUCGGGAGAAAUGCGAACGGAAUUGAUGUAAAUUUCUAUCGCGCUGGAAAAAUGGCAAUUCUUUGCGAACGACAAAUCGAUCUCUGAUGCAUAGUGCGGCAGUAAAAGGAUUGCAGAGUUUUCUGCUACAGCUUCUGACAAAGGAACGAAAUAACAGCGUACAUAACACAAAAACGAGCAGAAAAUAGAUGGAAGAGAGCACGUAAGGGUAAUCAGUUAAUGGUAGAAUGAUUCUUAUGCCAUUAUGCAGCCGAACAGAAGUGUACUUAGCAGAGCGGAUCUUUACCCCCGCCCGAUGCCGAUGGAUCCGGAAGUGGUCGAUGAGCGCAGUAGUGUCAGCUCGACCAGCAACGAAACCGAUGCCGACGAGUACCAUUCGCUGAUCAAUGAUGAACCGUGCAAGAAACGGACAGUCAAACGACCCGAACAGAACGGUCUGGGCUGGGGAACUCUGGCCGGUCGAACCGGUCCGAAAGCCGUCGGUGGGAACAAUUGCACUCGGAACCGGGUGUUCCUGUUCACGAUGGUACUGUUCUGCUGUGCCACGCUACUGCUGAUGAAGGUUCCACUGGGGAACGAGAAGGGGCGUGUUGGGACAAUCGUCGGUUGGAGUGCGAACACGUCACGUCAGACGGUGAACUACGUGCUGCCGGCGGAAAAUACCACACUCAUCGAACCGCUAAACGUUUGCUCGACGGAAGAACGAACCGGUGACGGAAGUGAGAACGAUAAAGUGUUUCUGCUGAUAGUGGUUUGCUCGUCAGCGGCGAACUUCGAAGCUCGUCAAGCAAUCCGCGAAACGUGGGGCAACGUGAGUGAGUUCAACUAUGAUCAAUUCGCGCGGAUGCACGCGGCUUUCAAGGGGCAAUAUCUGGAACCGCGGCCCGUUGGCACGCUAGGGGAUUACGUGAAGAAGUUGGUGGUUACCGAUAGCUCUGUCGAGGAGGACGAGCAGAAUGAUGAACAUACCAAAACCGAAAACAGCAACUCGCAAAGCAACAAAUCUAGUCAAACCCCCGCGGGUGGAACGAUGCCACCAUCUGCCCAGACGAACCCCGAGCACUACCAAUUCAACGUGAAGGUCGUCUUCCUGCUGGGCCAGUCGGAAUCGGACUAUCUGCACCAGAGGCAACGCUAUCAAGUUUCGCCGGCGCCGAGUGUCCCGAGUCGUCCCGCGCCGCAGUCGGAAAGUAGUAGUGCUGCUUUGCGAUCCCGAAUCCCCGGUGGCAGCCUAUUUCCGGCUGGAGGAGAUGUCGAUCCGGCUUUCAAUGUGCGCGAGGAAGAACUGGACGAACUGCAGAUGCGUAUCGUCAACGAAAGCGAGGUGUAUGGUGAUAUAAUACAGGAGAGCUUUAUCGAUAGUUAUAACAAUUUAACGCUGAAGACGAUCAUGAUGCUGAAGUGGGUCGUCAAUAACUGUGACGCGAGAGUAAAAUACAUCAUGAAAUGUGAUGACGAUACCUUCGUGAACGUACCGAACUUACUGCAAGUGCUGCUCGGGGGUACCGUUCCAUUGUACAAAGCAUCGAUUCCCUUCUACGACCGGAAUACAGUCGCGGUAAUGUCGCAGAAAAACCGGAUGGUCGAGGUGAAACGGUUGCUGACCGGAUUUCUUUUCUGCGAGGUAAAACCGAUUGCCGACACCAGCAGUAAGUGGUACUCACCGAACUACAUGUACAACAAGGAGUUCUAUCCACACUACCUAUCCGGCACGGCAUAUCUCAUGAACCUGAAUGCAGCCAAACUCCUGUAUCGCACCUCGCUGACGACGCCCAUCUUUCAUCUCGAGGACGUCUAUCUGACGGGAAUCGUGGCGGAUCGGGUAAAUCUGCGCCGCUACCAUCAUCCACUGUUCUUCUACCUGUACACUAAGGAUCGCUGCGCACUACGAGGUAUGAUCUCACAGCACCAGCUGCAACCCGGUGACAUUCGCAGUGCGUACGAUUUCAUUACCAACGCGACCAUUGAGUGCAGUGGACCGGAACGUAACUUCAGCAUGGCCAAGAUGAAGCUUCAGCAGCGCAAAAAAUGCCAAUGACAUCGGGUGGUCCGCCGUGGCAAUAAUGGGCCACGGGGAUGAAUCGGCCGUCACGCGCAGCAAACCGCGUGUUCUCUUCCAUUCCAUAGUCCGUCUGUUUCAACGAAUCCUACAAUAUUCUCGUUUUUUUGUUUGCUUCACCGCAAGGAAAAACGUUGAUGAACUUUUAAUGCCACUGCAUUUUAUUGUUUCUCAGAGACUUUCUCAUUUUGAAUAGCCUGCGUAAGAGAUUGAACAAAUUGUGAGUUAGAUUGUAAGAAUCCACUACGCCUCCAAGCGUGUAGAAGCACUGUUUAGCACAGCGAAGAUGGUUCGUCUUGUUGUUCGUAGGGAACCGUUUUAAAAUGUUAAUACAACCUCUAUUUUCACUAGUAUUUACUAAUUGACGAGAUGUGAGGAUUGAGCAGAGUGCCCCAGAAUAAAUUAGAGGGAUAAGUCGCGAUACUGUCGAUAAUAAAAAAAAGGUAAAAAGAAGUAAAAGAUCAUUUGAUUCAGCUGUGAUUUGAAAAUAUUUUAGAUAGAUUUACAAAACGCUAGAAUAAUUAAUAAUUACAAUUGAAGUCUUAUUAGUCAAAACGUAACUAAAACUAUAGCAAAUCAAUUUUACCGAUCUUGAGUCAAAACGUAGGAACAUAUUUACUACUUUACCCGAUGAAUCCCAACGUUUGCUCUGACUGUCGCAGCGAUGACAGAGCAUUUACCAUACCAUGUUAGCAGUUUAGUCACAGAGUCCAGUCACCUUCAGAGAGGCCAUGACGGUAUAGUUCUCAACUAGCAAACCCAAUACCACAAGCAGUAUACAUAUGUAAUUGAAUCAAGUACAAUGCUUAGUUUUUAAUUGAAGUUAGUUUGAAUGUAUAGUCAGUUGGAGUAGUUACGACGAAUAGUUGGUUUGAAGUGACCUUUAAUUAGUAGGAGGCGAUAAUCGCGAUAUCAAAGAUUUGUGGUCGCACAAAACAGUCAAUCGUUUUAUUUUAUUGAACUAUCAUAAUUUGUAGAACCUUUGUACACGCCAAACGCUUAUGAUUAGUGGUAACGUCGAACGUUGUAGAAUCCUCUCCCGUACCUCCUCCCGAACCGUGGACUGCACUGAAUGUUGGCGUGGGGAGGGGGGUUGGAGCAUUAAUUUAAAUUUGGAGCUAGAAACUCUGGAAUGCUGUGAAGUUUAGUUCAUAUCGCUUUAGGACUUAGUUUACAACCCGUUAAGAAUACAGUUGUCAAGCAGGA